CACCUGUUUGGCCAACAAAUAUGGUGUCCUCUCCUGCACUCACGGAAUACUUACUAGCAUUAAUAAUGAUGUUCAAGGUUAGCAGCGUCCAUACACCUUUGACGGUCUCUAAAAUUUCUGAAAAUCCCGGUAUUGUCAUUACAAGCUUGUUUAAAAUCUUAAGAGCUACGGAAAUGUCCAAUGUGGCUCAAACUGUUGCUGCGGAGGAGCCUCAAGAUUCUGUAUCUUUACCUUGGGUUUACAAUAUGUUGAGCAUAACCUGUUGCUUUAAGUAAACCAU